UAUAAAAAACAAUAUAGGUUUUCACAUUAGUUCAUUUAGGAUAUGAACAUCUACCAUCCAACCAACAUUUGCAUUAUAUAACUUGGUUGUUUCUUUGAAAACAUCAUAUUGUGAUUUGGUCAACUUCUUAUACAAGCAUAAUAAUAACUAAUUGUAGAUGUAUUAGCUGAUUCAAUUCCCCCAUCCACUGCCAACAUCCAACACAAGCCACCAUCUACAGCGGACUUCCACCUCUACCUUCACCGCCUCUGGUGGGGCUACACCCCAUCUCAUCAUCGAUAAUAUCUGAAAACGUUGGAGUUGGUGUAGCUCCACCAGGACCACCACCAACUAGUAGUAAGUAACCAAAAAGAUUGUUUCCUUUCUUAAGUAGUUUUAUCAGCCUUAAAAAGUCUAAACAAAACGAUGGUUAAUGAGCUUUGUACUACACCGCCUAGUAAAGGAUUUAGACCACCGCCGCCUCCUCCAGGGGGUAUGAAGUCUAAGAACACGAAGAAUGACAUAACAAAACUGAAGAGAUCAUCUAACAUGGGGAACUUAUUUCGGCUUCUAAGGGGGAAGAUGGAAGGAUCCUCUGUAGUUGAGAAAUCGUCUCGUGGAAGAAACAAUGGUGCUGGGGGUAAUGGUGGUGCUAGUGAUGGACAAAGCAUGGAUGAUGCAUUCGCAGAAAUAGCCAGAAGGUCAACUUACUUCAAGCAAAUUGAACAAGAUGUAAAGACGCAUGAAAAAACGAUCAAGGAGAUGCAAGCUACUCUUAUCUCAUUCAAAACAAAGGACAUGGAUUCACUGAUUAAGUUUUACCAUCAAGUGGAAUCGAAGCUCGAUGUCCUAACAGAUGAAAACCAGGUUCUGUCUAGGUUUGAAGGUUUCCCGGUGAAAAAACUAGACGCCUUGAGGAUGGCAGCGGUGCUUUACAGGAAACUGAGUGGAAUAUUAUCUGAAUUACAUAACUGGAGUAUUGAGUCUCCUCUAGCCCAACUUCUUGACAAAGUUGAGAAAUACUUCAACAAGAUUAAAGGAGAAGUGGAAGCCUUAGAACGAACCAAAGACGAUGAAGAAAAGAAAUAUCAGAGCCACAACAUCCACUUUGACUUUAACAUUCUUCUAAAGAUCAAGGAAGCCAUGGUGAAUGUCUCUUCAAGCUGCAUUGAGUUGGCUCUCAAGGAGUGGGAAGAAUCCAAGGCUGCAUCAAAUAAUCAAACUUUGCCAAAAGCAAGAAAUAGACAGAAAAAAGUAUGCACUAAAACGCUUUGGAGGACUUUCCAGUUCGCUUUCAAAGUGUAUUCCUUUGCUGGAGGACAAGAUGAGCGAGCUGAGAGGCUGACAAAGGAGCUAGCUACGGAGAUAGAGGCUGACCCCAUGAAGGAUUAAAUCCUCUGUUACUUGAUUGCUAUUUUUACAUUAAAUCUGCACUCUGAAGUAGAUGAAUAAGAAGUUAAAUUUAGUUCUUUGUUCCUGAUGAAGCAUCGAUUCACAAGCGAAAGGACACUCUAAUGGCCACUUCUUGCAGACUGCAAUACAUAAAUCAGAAGUAUAACUGCUACUGUAUGCACGGUUCAUUCAUAUCUGAUGCCGCAUUUAUGAGUCAAGGUGGUAGUAUAUGUAGAAGGGACACGACUAUCACACGGAUUGUGCACCAGAGGACUUCAGACUGCAAAGCUAUUGGAGGACUUUCAUGGGAAAUUUGCUUACAAUAAAGUUCAGAUAAAGGUUAUAGUCUUAUACUACUGGUCAGAAUCUAACUAGCUGCUGAGCAUAUUGCUUUUUCAGGGACAUGGGAAUAACGUAACUCCAUUGUAGUCUCAUAGAUUUUAAUGCUUCAGUGCCAGAGUUGAGGAACAAUAUGAGAUAUCUUGAGUUGAAACAGGACAUUGAAACUAGUUGGGAACAUUAUCUGGAGUAAACUCAGCUGUGUUGAGAGCGACCAUUUAAAGUAAACGACGUCUGAAGUACUCUAAAGUACAAGCAUGGAGCAUUGAGGGAUGAAUUGCGAUUGUACAUGUCUGUUUCCAAUAUGGAAUCAAUGUAGAAAGUGGUUUGCAUUCAGUCCACAGAUGGCAUGGUGCUUGAGAGGAUGAGCUUGGGCAUUUGCACAACUGCAUGUUCACCUGUGUGAACAUAUUUUGGCUCACAGCUUUGUAUAAAAGUGGCUUCUAAACACUGACUUAUUAAAUCCUAUGUUCCAUUAGCGCUCAUGACAUUUGCACUCCUUGAUGAAAAUAUGAGGCGCGCACUUGACAGACGCCUUGACUUACACCAUCAAUUUCCCAGAUGUGAUCACAAACUGAUAUGUCCUGGUGAAUUUACUGAUCAACUAGAGGUUACUGCAAGCAUCUUGAAUAUGGCUAACACGUCUUCAUAUUAUCAAGCAGCAUUUACUUUAUGUUUAUCAGCAAAGGAAAACAAGGUUAGCCAUUGAUCGAGAGUCUGUAAGGUAGUCUGCAUUUCACUUCAUGCCUGUCUGCUCUAGAGUUUAUGCCUGUGCUACAUUUUCUUUUCUUUUAUUUUUUAUUUUUUAUUUUUUAUUGAUGUGACUUCAUUCUUCAGUUCAUCGGGAACCAUUAUAGGUAAUGCUGUAGACAUGUUUCAAAUUCGAAACUUUGUAUCAUUGUUUGGAAUUGUUUUCAUUAUGGAAGGCUUGUAGCCUACUUACAA